AUGCGCCCGUACACCGUCCGUAAGGGUGACACCGUGGAGUCGAUCGCGUCGAAGCGAUCGAUGAAAGCGACGGACGUGCGACGAUUGAACACGUCGCUCGCGGGGGGGGGCGAACCCGAGGCGGGGUCGACGAUUUUACUCCCGUCGAUGAAUCUGAGCGCGCGGGAUCGAGAGAUCAUCGAUGGGAUCAAAGGCGUGAACGCGCCUCGCGUGUACCCGGUGCGGGCGGGGGAGAGCCUGGAGGAUAUCAUCGGAAGUCGGAAGAUCGCGCGGGCGGACGUGGAGCGGUUGAACCCGAAACUCGGCGCGUUGAAACCCGGGAUGAAACUGUUGCUCCCGCCGGGAAAGUACACCGUUCGCGAGCGGGAGAUGCUUCAGGGGUGUGGGAUCUUACCCGCGGAUAGCGUGAAUCCGUUGCAGUACUUGUGGACGCCGGUGGCGAGGAACUUUUUAGGCGGCGCCGUCGCGCUCGGGGCGUACGCGAUGUAUUUCGCCGCGUGUCGUCGGUACCAAAACCACGGAACCAAGCUCUGGGGGAACGAUCUCCCGGAGAUCUCCCAAGAUUAG